AUGGUUGAAUUAAGUGACUAUCAACGUCAAGAGAAAGUAGGAGAAGGUACUUACGGGGUGGUGUAUAAAGCCAUAGAUACCAAGCAUAAUAAUCGAGUGGUUGCACUUAAAAAGAUCAGACUUGAAAGUGAAGAUGAAGGAGUCCCCUCCACCGCCAUUAGAGAGAUCUCAUUAUUAAAAGAGAUGAAAGACGACAACAUCGUCAGAUUACAUGAUAUCAUUCAUAGUGAUUCUCAUAAGCUUUAUUUAGUGUUUGAGUUUCUUGAUUUAGAUUUAAAGAAGUAUAUGGAGGCCAUCCCACAGGGCGUUGGGUUAGGGUCUAAUAUGGUUAAGAAGUUUAUGAACCAAUUAGUUAAAGGAAUUAAGCAUUGCCAUUCCCAUCGGGUUCUCCACCGGGAUCUCAAGCCACAGAACUUACUUAUUGAUAAGGAAGGGAACCUAAAGUUGGCCGAUUUCGGACUUGCUAGAGCGUUUGGGGUACCCUUGAGAGCGUAUACUCAUGAAGUGGUUACGUUAUGGUACCGCGCACCGGAGAUUCUUUUAGGCGGGAAACAAUAUUCCACCGGAGUAGACAUGUGGUCUGUGGGGUGUAUUUUCGCUGAGAUGUGCAAUAGAAAGCCAUUGUUCCCUGGUGAUAGUGAGAUUGAUGAGAUCUUUAGAAUCUUUAGAAUCUUGGGGACCCCCACAGAAGAGACCUGGCCCGAGGUUACGUAUCUUCCAGAUUUCAAGCCCACGUUUCCCAAAUGGUCUCGAAAGAAUUUGGCCGAUAGCGUUCCAAGUUUGGACGCGGAUGGGAUCGAUUUAUUGGAGCAAAUGUUGGUGUAUGAUCCCAGCGGUCGAAUCAGUGCCAAGCGAGCAUUGAUUCAUCCGUACUUUCAAGAAGGUGAAAUUGAUUCCCAUGCCAGAUCAAUAAUCAUGACAUAA